UCCGUCUGGCGUUAGAGUCGGAGGAGCUUCCAAUCGCCGCCACAAUUUUCUUCCAAUCACCAAAACUAUGUUCCGAUCGAUUCUAGUGUUCCUCCUACUUCUCCUGGUUACGCCCAUCCACGGCCGGAAAAGACACGUCAUCAAUUUCCGGUGGCCCAACCUCUACCCGAAGUCCUUCGCCUGGGAUCCGAAAUCCGAUCACUUCGUCGUCGGAUCACUCCGGCACCCCCAGCUAAUCUCCGUCUCCGACGCCGGCGUGGUCUCGUCUCUCCUCUUCGACGAGUCCCUGCCACCCAAUUCCUCCUUCGCCGGCAUAUCAAUCGAUCCCCGACACCACCGCAUCCUCGCCGUCGUCCGCCGUCGAUCCCCUCCGUACAACGCCCUCGCCGCCUACGAUCUCCCGACCUUCCGCCAACUCUUCGUCGCGCCGCUCGACCACCUUCUUCCGUCCCCAAUCGCCGCGAACGAUGUCACAGCCGAUUAUUCCGGCACCGCUUACGUCACCGACUCUGCAAACGGCGUCGUCUUCAAAAUCACCGAGCAAGGCGAGGCGGCGAUCCUUUCCAGAUCCCAAGCCUUCAAAUCGGGACUAAACGGCGUCGUUUACAACCCUAAGGGAUAUCUGCUCGCAACGCAGUCAACCACGGGAACGCUGUUUAAGGUCAACGUCGACACCGGAACGGCAAGGCGCGUGUUAUUGAACAAGGACUUAACGGCCCCAGACGGAAUUGCGCUAAGGAGAGACGGCGUCGUUUUGGUGGUAUCCCCGCAAAAGUUAUAUUUCAUCAAAAGUGACGACAGUUGGAGCGAAGGAGCAGUAUAUGACGAAACUACCCUCGAGGGGGAUGGCCAGGCUAAUGCUGUUGUUGCGGGAGCCGAAAAUAGGGCAUACGCUUUAUAUGGGUUUGUGAACGAGGGCAUAAUGGGAAAUUCAGAGAGGGAGGAAUUCAACCUAGCUGAGAUAAUCUCUGAAGAAGAGAACAAAGAAGAGAAAAUAUGGAUUUAUGUGCUGAUUGGUUUGGGGUUGGCUUAUUCCAUGGUUUGGAGAUUCCAAAUGCGACAACUAGUCAAGAAUAUGGAUAAGAAAAGGGCUUGAAAUUUUGAUUUUUUACAUCAUCUUUGUCGUUCUAGGUUAGGUUACUCACACUUGUUUUAGAGUAGAUUCAUAACUUCUAGUACUGCAUGUGAUAUUGUUUUUGUGAAUUCCCAUAAUGUCAUGCCAAAGUAUGACUUGUUUGUUA